AUGCCGCGUGGCAGAAAAGCGCCAACAACUACAAACAAUAAUGCUGAAUCAAACUCUACACGUAGCUUACGCUCGUCUAGAAAAAGAAAAAAUGAAGAAGCGCAAGAACCACCGGUGUUAGUUAACACGACGAUCAGUGACCAGGUUGUAACCAACGAGGUGGCACCUCAAACUACUUCGUCCGCGCCGUUGAUGCCUGGUGACGUCGAAGAGGACGUGGUCGGCGUAAACGAUAACAAAGACAAAGUCGCGACGACUAAUAAAUCUAAGGGGCAAAGAGGUGGUCGAAAUAAGAAACGUAAAGUUGAAGAUACAAGCGAAUCAGUCAACAACGGGCUACAAAAAGAAGGGGAAAAGAUUGAUUCACAAACUAAUGUCUCUCAAGAGAUACAACCGCGAAAUCAGACUGAUGAUUCAGGAGAAAAUAAGACAAAAGGAAAGGGAAAGAAUCGUGAGAACACUUCUCAAGUACUUCCAAAAUCAAAAGAACGUAGAAGCCGAGCUAAAAAGGUUCCACAAGAAGAGGAUACUUUACAAAAAACAAAUAUCAUUUGGGAUACUCCUCUUUCUCCAGAUACAUUCAACCAACAAGAAGAUAAUAACGCAGACACUGAGAAUCCCAAUGGAAAAAGUCGUAGAAGCCGAAAGAAGAGAACAAGAAAUAGCGACGAGAUCAACAUCGAACAAAAUGGGGAUAUUCCAGCUAAAGAUGAUGACAUAAGUAUUACUAAUUCACAUAAUACUCGCAGUGCAGCAAAAAAACUCAAGAGAGACAACGGCGGCAUAAAAUCAAUAAAUUCUGCGCCCCCGAAAGAACCACAUACUGACUCGAAGGAAACCGACGAGGUUACUGCUAUGCCAGACGAAAGUAACAGUAAUCAAAAAGGAAAAACCAUCGCGAAGGAUAAAGGAAAAUCAAUUCUAAAGUCUAAUUCUAAAUCAUCAUCUAAUCCUAAAAACAGCAAACAAAAAAAGAAGAAAACGCGCGAAUUUGAAUAUUUAACCACAAAUCCAAAUUCUGAGCUUACAGAAAUUGACAUGAAGGAACAAAAAGCACGAUUGAUCAGUCUGGUACCUUCCGUUGAUAAAGUGCCGAUUAUCAAAAAUAAUUCAGAGGAAAGCAAAGAAAAAAUGGAGAUAGACGAACCAAUGGAAAUUGACGAACAGUUUGAAUUUGAAUAUCUGAUGAAGUAUUCGGAUCAAAAUCUAAAUGGAACAACGGAAAUUCCAAACGCAUCCUCAUCAUCUGCUGCUACUGCUUCAUCAUCAUCUCAGGAUAUCGUAACUGUUUAUAGCGAUAAUUUACCGGCAGAAAGUGCAGCUGAUAUCGAUGCUUCAAAGAUCGUGAAAUCCAAUUUAACAGCCGAAAAUGCGGAUAUUGUCACAGUUGAUGGUACAAAUUUGCCAAUCGAAAGUUCGAAUUUAGCAUCUUCCACAAUCGAGGAUCAUCCCGUUGAUGUCGCUUCUCUUGGUGGUGCAGGAUCCACAACAACUAAUGGUGGUAAGCGUCCAAAAAAAAAGAUCCGCCAAUAUUUUUUCAACGACAUGCAAUUUUACGGAUGUGUGAAAGCGUUCAAAGAAAAAUUGAGUUGGAGUCAUUUUGAUCCUAAAUGGGUCAAGAGAAAUCAAGCGAAUCAAAAGCGUCUUAGAAACACUAUGGAUGAAGAUUGGAAGGACUUGAAAUUUGAAGCGAAGUGGGGUCAUAAUCUUGUGUCAAAAUCACCGAUGAUAGCCGGAGACUCCGCUUCUCUUAGUCUCCGAGAUCUCUGCCAAGCUGCCAUUAUACGAGCUGGUGACGAAUUGCAUUAUAGACGUGCGUUUCAUAAAGCUAGUGCAAUAGUUGAAGGCGUGGUAAAGAUAACUGAAAUUAAGCCCGAUGGUACAAUGUAUGCCGUCAAUCAAAAUAAAUCACAUCAAUCAAAAACCUCAGCAAAACGCGGAAGUAAACCCAAUAAUACUACCAUUAUUGAAACUCCUGUCAUCGCUAGCUCGUCCUCCACCCCUACCACAGAUAACCUCACAAAUGAAACCCCAAUAGCCAUCACUAAAAUUACUUCUCUUGAGACCAAAGUUCUCGAUGAUGAUGGUCGCGUCGGCAAAAAACAACGACCAAAUGGGAACGCUUACAAAAGUUUUCGAGUCAUUCGAGCUGGAUAUGAUCUUGGCACUAUUUUUGCUUUACGCUCUGAAUACUACGAAAAAACGCACAGAUGA